CUAGUACAAACAACGGCAAAGCCAAUCCUUUCUCCUUCUUCCAGUGCCGUUCUUUCCAUUGCGCACUUUGAUUUCCUACAUUUCUGAGCGCGUUUUUCUCUUCUAUUAUGUCUACAUGGACGCCUCAGCCAGGUGGUUUGGCGGAAAUUCUCCAAACUAUCCAUGAAUCCACCGACAUGGCCCAGUCGGUACAACGAAAUAUUACCCAAAAACUCAACAACUUUACGCGUGUACCUGACUAUAUCGCAUACCUUGCUCAUAUUCUAUGUUGGAUGCGGGAAGAGGAGGAGCGAAUUCGAAGCAUCGCUGGCUAUCUUCUCAAGAAUAACUCGCGCCUCAUUCUCACGUCUUCGCCCGAGGUGGCGGCUUAUGUCAAGAAUUCCGUUCUACAAGCAUUCACCGACUCAUCAAUCAUGAUACGGAAUACUGCUGGUCAGGAUGUUGUCGCUUUCCUCGGCGUGCUCGAGCCCAAGAAUUGGCCGGAAUGUCUGCAGCAGCUCGUGGGGAUGCUGGAUAUGCCUGAUCUUGACAAGCAAGAGGCUGCUUUCAAUGUUCUUGAAAAGGCCUGUGAAGACUACCCUCGAAAAAUGGACGUCGAAAUAAACGGAACACGGCCGCUUGACUAUAUGAUUCCCAAAUUCCUUUCCCUCGCUGAUCACCAGUCGUCCAAGAUGCGCUCACACGCCGUCGCAUGCCUAUCCUAUUUUGUACCCGCCAAUUGCCAGUCUUUAUUUGUCCACCUAGACGCUUUCAUAGCGUGUCUCUUCCGCCGCGCCUCGGACGAUGACCCUUCAGUUCGACGCCACGUCUGCCAAGCUCUCGUUCUUCUCCUCGCCGCACGGCCCGAACGGCUAAUGCCCGAGAUGAACAACGUAGCCGAAUACAUGCUAUAUUCCACCAAAGACCAGAACGAGAACGUCGCACUGGAAGCGUGCGAGUUCUGGCUCACGUUCGCCGAGGACGCUGAAUUGUCGAUCUACUUGCAUCCUCUUCUCGGUAAGGUCGCUCCAGUUUUGUUGGAUUGUAUGAUCUACGGUGAAGAUGAUCUGUUAUGGCUGGACGGUGAUGCAGAGGAUGAAGCCGUUCCGGAUAAGGCGACUGAUAUCAAGCCUCGCCAUUACGGUGGCAAGUCCCAUGGUUUGGAGAGGGAUGCCAACGGAGAGCCUCCGAAGGCUCGGAUAGGUGCAUACGGGGAAGAGACUUACGACGACGACGAUGACGACUUUGACUACGACGAUGAAGACUACGCGGACGACAUGUCGACUGAGUGGAACUUACGAAAGUGUGCCGCCGCGGCUCUGGACGUUCUAGCUGUCCGAUUUACCGGUGAUCUUCUGAAUGUCCUUCUGGGACCGCUCAAGGACAAGCUGUGGAGCAGUGAUUGGCUACAGAGAGAGAGCGGAAUUCUGGCUCUGGGAGCAAUGGCAGAAGGCUGCAUAGAAGCUAUCGAGCCUCAUCUACCCACGCUAGUACCGUAUCUAAUCAACAUGCUCAAUGAUCCAAAGCCUCUGGUUCGAUCAAUUACUUGCUGGACGCUCGGGCGCUAUGCAAGCUGGACCACCCAGCCAAUUUCUGAGGAACACAAGGCUCAGUAUUUCAUCCCGACCAUGGAAGGACUCCUCCGGAUGGUCUUGGAUAGCAACAAGCGUGUGCAAGAGGCUGGUUGCAGCGCUUUUGCUACCCUUGAAGAGGAUGCCGGCCCCGAGUUGGCGCCAUACCUCGAACCUGUACUAAGGAAUCUGGUCUUUGCAUUCGACAAGUACCAGCAUAAGAAUAUGCUCAUACUGUACGAUGCAGUUGGUACUCUUGCGGACGCCGUCGGUCGUGCCCUCUCGAACCCUAUGUAUGUCGAAAUUCUAAUGCCACCUCUGACAAACCGGUGGUCAAAGCUCAAGGAUGACGACCCGGACCUGAUUCCCCUGCUUGAGUGUCUUGCAUCCGUCACCAUCGCGAUGGGAAUGUCCUUCCACCCUUACGCGGGGCCUGUCUUCGAGCGUUGCAACAACAUUAUCCAUCAUUCUCUCCUCCAGUAUCAAGCCUUCCAACAAAACCCCGAAAUGGAUGAGCCUGAUAAAUCAUUCCUUGUCGUCGCGCUAGAUCUUCUUUCUGGUCUUACGCAAGGUCUCGGCAUGUCCCUGGAGAGCCUGAUAAGUCAGACGCAGCCGAAUCUAUUGUCGCUGUUGACGGUCUGCUUGAAACAUCCCCAGGCGCCUGUACGACAGUCCGCGUACGCGCUAGUCGGAGACAUGGCUAUGGGCUGUUUUACUGUCCUCCGGCCGCAUAUGCCCGGCAUCAUGGGCGAACUGAUACUACAGCUUGAUCCCGAACCAAAGUUCGAAUUUAUCAGCGCUUCGAACAAUGCUGCAUGGUCUGUUGGCGAAGUCGCGCUACGCUACGGACGGAACGACCCUGAGUUCCAGCAAUGGGUAAACCCGCUGAUUUCAAGGCUGGUUCCGAUCUUGUUGCACCCAAAGGCUCCAAGGAGCUUGCACGAAAAUGCAGCAGUGUCGAUAGGACGAAUUGGGCUGAUGCACCCGACCCUUGUUGCGCCUCAUUUAGCCGAGUUUGCGCAAGCCUGGUGUCAAGCAUUAUAUGAGAUUCGAGAUAACGAAGAGAAGGAUUCUGCUUUCCGGGGACUUUGCACGAUGGUCGAAGUCAAUCCUGCAGGAAUUGCAAAGAGUCUCCUGUGGUUCUGCAAUUCGAUAGUGAGAUGGAACGCGCCGUCACCGGAGCUGAACAACAUGUUCCAGACGAUAUUGACGGCGUUCAAGCAGCACGAUGCGGCAGGGUGGGCCGCUCAAGUUGCCGCGUUCCCGCCGAUUAUCCAAGAGCGGCUGGCCACGCGUUACGGCGUGUAAUAUAGUAUAUACGUACAUGUUUCUUCUCUCUGUUUGUCUUCGCCUCUUGCAUGUGGAUUCCCCCCUUUAGUAGCAGUAGUAUUUUCGUAGUGUAGUCAAAACCUUUUCGUAGCAGUAGUCAUUUCCUCCUCCUCUCGUCUCCCAUC